AUGUCUGCUGCUGACCUGGAAGCUGAGCUCAAGUGCCCUGUGUGCCUUGGUAUCUACAGGGAGCCCAUGCAGCUGCCUUGUGGACACAACCUCUGCCGCUGUUGUCUGAAUCGUCUCUGCGAGAGCCAGGACCACUGCAGCUGUCCCGAGUGCCGAGCCACGUUUGCCAGGAGCCCGGCUUUGAAGAAGAACCUCAAACUGGCCAACAUCGUUGACUGCUUUCGUGCUACCAGGAAGACCUCCCUUGGCCCAGACUGCGAACAGAAAGAACUGUCACUAGGAGCUGAUGGGAAUCAGAACUACUUUGAGGAGAUUUCUUCCAUGGUUGCCAGCUGCCCAGAGCACAAGAUGCCCUGGGAGUAUUUCUGCCGACAGCAUAAAGCUUGUUUAUGCAGGUUGUGCUUGGAAAGCCACCAAAGCCACAACUGGCAGCAGCUGGAAAAGGCAGCAGUCAGUGGAAGGGCUGUCCUGGCAGAUGAGGUUGCACGGCUGGAGCAGUCUCAAAAUAUGCUGGAUGAUGCUGAAAGUUGGCUCCAGGAUGCACAGGACCAGCUCAGAGCAGACCGUGCCAGGCUAAAGAAGCAAGUAUCUGAGCUUUUCGCCAGUAUCCAGGAAGCAAUCAUAACUGAGGAACGUGACAUUCUGGACUUCAUAACGGCUGAGGAGGACCUUCAGCUUUCCCGACUAGAGGCACGCAUUGGAGAGAUUCUGAGUAAAAAGAAGGCCUCUAACCGUCUCCUUGUGGAGGCACAAGAGCUGGCUAGUAGAAGCAUACCAGACUGGGAGUUCAUCAGAACAUAUCAGAUAACUUUAGAAAAGCUGCUUAAAGCUGAUGUCCAUAUUCAGAGCUUCAGUGUACAGAAGCGAGAACUGGACAGAGCUCUCGUCAGCCAGGUAGCUAAAGAGAGCCAGGUUCUCGUGAAAAAGCUGAGCAAGGUGAUCCGGGACAGUAUCAGCCAAAGCCGGGAGUUGCUGCUGAACCGCCACAGCCAAGGUCGGGCGCAGACUCAGAAAUCGAAGACCCAAACUGCCCGAGCUCCUUCAAGUCUCCAGAGGUCCAGGCUGACCCUGGAUCCCAACACUGCUCACUGCAACCUCAGCUUAUCCAGCGAUCUCUUGUCUGCAGAGUGGGUACAGCAGAGAGUGCCGUGUCCCAGCCACCCCGAGCGCUUCAGGCUGCACCCGCAGGUGCUCUGCUCCCAAGGCUUCGUCUCUGGGUGUCACUUCUGGGACGUGGCUCUGACAGGCACACGGCGCUGGGAGGUAGGGGUCACCUGUAAGGGUCCGGGCCUUUCCUGGGUGGACUCGUGCAUUGCCUGGGCGCUGCGCUGGGACAGUCGCAAGCUCCAAGCAUUUGAAGGCCACAGACGCCACAACAACCCUCAGCUGAGCUCCAUCCAGCAGGCCCCCGGCAGGAUCAGGGUGUGCUUGGACCGUGAAGAAGGCACCCUUUCGUUCUUCGCCGUUGACUCGGAGUCCGCGCCAAGUAUGGAGGCAGGGAAACUGUUGCACGCUUUCCAUAUCAAAGCCAAAUGUGCACUUUUCCCAGGGUUCUACUUAGAAGAGUCAAAAUUGAGCAUCCUACAGUACAGCACCAAAUCAGAACUUGCUUAG